AUGGAUCCGCAAAAGCGCGACGAAGGAACGCCAAAUACAACGCCAAAUGUUGACGCAAUUCAGAAAGUAAUUGGCUCAUUUGGCAAGUAUCAGCUAUGGCUCGCCUGUCUCAUAUUCCUCACAAAAUUCCCCGUGGCCUUUCAUCAAAUGGCUAUCAUAUUCCUGGCUCCGAAGACGGACUACGUUUGUUUGAGCAGUGAAAACACUACCAGUUGCCCCUGUUCCAAUCCACAGUAUGAUACAUCAGUUUUUACUAACACCAUUGUUAUGGAAUGGGAUUUGAUUUGUGAAAAUAAAUGGUUGACCAGUUUCACGCAAACGUUGUUUCAAUUGGGCACUUUAGUCGGUAGCGUUACGUUUGGAAUGGCUUCAGAUAGGUUCGGGAGAAAAUUGCCCUUAUUGGCUGCCGUCGUGUUGCAAGUCUCUAUGGGUAUCGUCGCCGCUUAUAUCCCAGGCUUUUGGCUCUUUACCUUCGUCCGAUUUUUAGUCGGCAUGUCUGUCGGAGGCACAAUGGUUACUGGCUUCGUUAUCAUUAUGGAAAACGUCGGCUCACAAUACAGAGACGUCAUAUCGGCCAUGUACCAAGUACCGUUCAAUUUGGGACACAUGCUUCUACCCGUCUUUUCAUAUUUUAUUAGAAGCUACGACAUGUUCCAACUUGCUAUAUCAUUGACUUCCAUCGUACUGCUAUCUUACUUCUUCCUCGUGCCCGAAACGCCGAGGUGGCUGAUAGCAAUGAAAAGAACAGAUGAAGCAAUUAAAAUAUUAGAGAAAGCAGCAAAAAUGAACAAACUACCCACAGAUACCAUAAGAGACGACAUAGAGAAAUACCAAAAAGCAAUUGAGAACAAUAAUCUCAAAAAGGGGAACAUUUUGGAUCUCUUCCGAACACCGAACUUGCGGAAGAAUAUACUGGCAAUGUCGUUUAACUGGUUGACUUGCAGCUACUGUUUCUACGGCGUAUCACAAUAUGUGGGUCAGUUGAGCGGCAACGUCUUCGUGAAUGUUGCGGCGAGUGCCAGUGUAACACUUUUGGGGACGUUGUGCUCCAUUCCAAUGAUGAAGGUGCUCGGACGGCGAACUCUUCUCAUCGUAUUCAAUUUUGUAUGCGCUGCGUGCUUACUGGUGCUCUCAAUUUUACCACCUGGUCCCGGAACGGUCGUCUGCGCCAGUAUAGGCGUUGUAGCCAGCUUCAUUGUAUUCGUAGUAGUAUAUUUACACUGUACAGAACUCUUUCCUACGGUGGUACGUAAUGCGGCGAUUGGGUUCUCUUCAAUGAUGGCACGAGUGGGAUCGAUGGUGGCUCCGUUCGUUGUAGGUUUGGGUGAUAAAUCUCCGUGGAUGGCAGCGGUUACGUUCGCUGUGUUACCCCUCUGCGCUGGCUGUGUAGCAUUCCUAUUACCAGAAACUAAAGGCUGUGAAUUAAUGACCACUAUCGAGGAAGGUGAACGCUUUGGUAAGAAGAUCAAGGUCGCUAAGGAAGGCCAGAAAUGA